AUGAAGGCGUACGCAAAGUUUGAUCUUGACCGCGUCCCUCAGGUGGCUUCACCGAUGCCUCACGCAGCCCCCGAGGAGGAAUGCUCCAACUUUGCAUCGCUAGCAGCCAUUGCCAAGAUCUAUGGUGGCGACCGUCGCGCCAUCGGUGACACCUAUCUGGCCGAGAAUCUGGCAAGCGGAUACACAUCGCGGCUUGCUCUGGUCGGCCAAAGCAGAUCUCGACAACCAGGAUUGGAAACGACACGACACCGCGCCUUCAUGGAGCUGGGCAUCUGCCUUUGGGAGCACUACCUUGCUUAA